UAACAAAACAAAUGUGUACUACCUUCAUAAACUCUUGAAUUCCAGUCAAUUUUUGUUUUAUUUUUAUUAAAAAGACUGAAAGAGAUGAAACUUGUAAAAAAAAUCCAAAGGUUUCGUUUAGGUCCUUUUGUCUUGGAAUACUCAGACGGUUUCUCAAUCAACAUAUAUUUCCAAAAGCGAAAUAGUAUCAUCACUUCCAAUCCAGAGAAAUCAAAAUAUACUACCAAAAAAAGAAGAACCAUCUCAAAUGAAUCAAUCCUUUCAAAGGGAUCGGUUAAUUCCAUAACCCCAAAAAGAAGUAAAGCCAGUUUUCUAAUUCGACAAUAUAAGCAGUAUAUUUUAUGCAAGAAAAGUGUAAAAAACCCGCCUACUGUACUUUUAGCCUGGAAAGAGUUAAACCUUGCCAUGAGGCCUCUAUUUCCUCAACAUCGUAUCAAAAAAACCGAUGAGCAGAAUUGGAGAAAGCAUAUUAUCGUAGAGGAACUGAAUUUACUUUUGCUGCGGUGUAUAAGUUCAUGCGAAGCAAUCCGUGAUUUUGAUGAUCUUAUUGAAACAGCCCGAGUAAGCUUGACGGUGGAUAUUUCCUUGAUGAAUGGAAUCAAAAAGCAAUCGCAUGGGAUUAUUGAACUUAUUGAAGAGUGGAGGAUGUUCUACUCGGAAUCUCUCCCGUACAUCGAAGCCACCUUUUUACCGAUCACGUUUGAGAGAACUGAAAUCGCACAGUUAUUCGAAGAGCCGAUGAAGAGCUACUGGUUGAGGAAAUCAGAACAAGUGGAUGUGAAAGUUCUUUGCUUAUGGGCUUUUCGAACAUUUGUAGUAAUUCCCAAGCUGAAGAAAAUUAGCAAUGCUGCUAGCAAUUUGCCAAAACUAGAGAAUUCUCAACGAGUAUCACUUUUACAAAUGAUUUCUAUUGUUUUUCUUGUAAAACCAAUAGAGGAAUCCGAUAUUAUUUUAUUGAAUUGGCUUCGCUCUCUUAUAUUAAACCAAACAAUAGAGGACCCCAUUUCAUAAUAUAUAAUACUCGUGGUACCAGUCAGAAAGACACAGGUGCAUCUUUAGGAAUUUUUUUACUAGAUAAAUGUCAUUUAUUAGACCAUGGAACUGGCUAUGAAUAUAUUUUACUCGAUUUCUUUCUUCAACACAUGUUACUUGCGUUUGUUACUUCAAAUUUGAAAUUUCACCGUCAAUGUUCUAGCAUUACUGAAGAUUCCACCUAUAU